AUGGCAGACGAUAUUGAUAUUGAAGCAAUGCUUGAGGCUCCUUACAAGAAGGAUGAGAACAAGUUGAGCAGUGCUAAUGGCCAUGAAGAACGUAGCAAAAAGAGGAAAAAAAGCAAGAGCAGAAGUCGUAGUCAUGAACGAAAAAGAAGCAAAAGUAAGGAACGGAAGCGAAGCAGAGAUAGAGAAAGGAAAAAGAGCAAAAGCCGCGAAAGGAAGCGAAGUAGAAGCAAAGAAAGGAGGCGGAGCCGCUCAAGAAGUCGAGAUCGCAGAUUCAGAGGCCGCUACCGAAGUCCUUACUCCGGACCAAAAUUUAACAGUGCCAUCCGAGGAAAGAUUGGGUUGCCUCAUAGCGUCAAAUUAAGCAGACGACGUUCCCGAAGCAAAAGUCCAUUCAGAAAAGACAAGAGCCCCGUGAGGGAACCUAUUGAUAAUCUAACUCCUGAGGAAAGAGAUGCAAGGACGGUUUUCUGCAUGCAGCUGGCAGCAAGAAUUCGGCCAAGGGAUCUGGAAGAGUUUUUUUCUACAGUAGGAAAGGUUCGAGAUGUGAGGAUGAUUUCUGAUAGAAAUUCAAGACGGUCCAAGGGAAUUGCUUAUGUGGAGUUUGUUGAUGUUAGCUCAGUGCCUCUAGCAAUAGGAUUAACUGGCCAACGUGUUUUAGGAGUGCCAAUCAUAGUACAGGCAUCACAGGCAGAAAAAAACAGAGCCGCAGCAAUGGCAAACAAUCUACAAAAGGGAAGUGCUGGACCUAUGAGGCUCUAUGUGGGCUCGUUACACUUUAACAUAACUGAAGAUAUGCUGCGGGGGAUCUUUGAGCCUUUUGGAAGGAUUGAAAGUAUCCAGCUCAUGAUGGAUAGUGAAACAGGUCGAUCCAAGGGAUACGGAUUUAUUACGUUUUCUGAUUCAGAAUGUGCCAAGAAGGCUUUGGAACAACUUAAUGGAUUUGAGCUAGCAGGAAGGCCAAUGAAAGUUGGUCACGUUACUGAACGAACUGAUGCUUCCAGUGCUAGCUCCUUUUUGGACAGUGAUGAACUGGAAAGGACUGGAAUUGAUUUGGGAACAACUGGUCGUCUUCAAUUAAUGGCAAGACUUGCAGAGGGUACAGGUUUGCAGAUCCCACCAGCAGCACAGCAAGCUCUACAGAUGAGUGGCUCCUUGGCAUUUGGUGCUGUGGCAGAUUUGCAAACAAGACUUUCUCAACAGACUGAAGCUUCAGCUUUAGCUGCAGCUGCCUCUGUUCAACCUCUUGCAACACAGUGUUUUCAACUAUCUAACAUGUUUAACCCUCAAACAGAAGAAGAAGUUGGAUGGGAUACAGAGAUUAAGGAUGAUGUGAUUGAAGAAUGUAAUAAACAUGGAGGAGUUAUUCAUAUUUAUGUUGACAAAAAUUCAGCCCAGGGCAAUGUGUAUGUGAAGUGCCCAUCAAUUGCUGCAGCCAUUGCUGCUGUAAAUGCAUUGCAUGGCAGAUGGUUUGCUGGUAAAAUGAUAACAGCAGCAUAUGUACCUCUUCCAACUUAUCACAACCUCUUUCCUGAUUCUAUGACAGCAACACAACUACUGGUCCCAAGUAGACGAUGA